UAGUUGUCACUAUUAAAUACAAUAAUUAUUUUUUAAUUGUGCAAAAACGAGAUCAGAUAGCAGUCGUACAAAUAUUGGCUAGUUCACUUAUUUUGACGUGAUUCCAAAAUUAAAACAAUUUAAUUAUUUUAAAUUCAAUUCCGAGUCAAUUUAAUAAUUUGAUUGUUGUAGAAAUUUAAUAAAAAUAAUCACGAUGAUGUUGAUAAAGAGUAUUAUAUUGAGUGCAUUGUUCGCCAGUGUUUCGUGCUACGAAUUCAAAAACUUCAAAUUAUCAUCACCAAAUCCGCCAAUUACACACACAGAUAUGGCUCUACUUUUUGAACUUUGUUUUGCAAAUACAUCAAAUCCGAUAGUCAUAACGGAAAAUUUAGUAGAGACAUUUCACAAAAAUUUGCCCAUUACAAUAAGGGCGCCUGUCAUUAUCAUCAACAAAAAUUUCAUCGCCAAAAAGAUUCAGCUGUACUAUCCAACUUACCCGAUGUACAUUUUAUCGGUGUCGAGUGCUACGGAGAUGUCCGAACUCUUAUCAAAAUUGGUUUUUUCACCAUUAUGGAGUCUGAAAUCCGUAUUUUUUGUGAUCUUCGAACCCGAAAAACAUUGUGUGCAUUCAUGGGAAUUUCUCGAUGUGCUGUGGCAGUUAGGAUUGUUAUCAUGUAUCAUAGUGUGCUCCAACACCAAUAAUGAAACCAGUCUUUAUACUUAUAAUCCAUUCACAAAACGAGCACCCGAUCCUUGGGUCGAAGCUAAUAUAAGUUGGCUCGACCGACGUAAUCUACCAUUGACCCUUUACAAUCAAUCUUUUUCAAACGAUUAUAAAAUAUGUGAGACUCUGUUUUUCGAUAAAACUAAAGUUCUUGAUGGCUAUCCCGUUAAAAUCGGCUCAACAAAGUUAAGAAAAUCUAAAAAUUUGGACACCAUACUUGAUUCUUUAAACAUGACUCGACAAACAAUACUCUUUGAUUUCCAUAAUUUCACAAAGGUACUAAAACUACUAUCCAAUCGAACUUAUGAUUUGACACAAUUUACCCUGGGCUUUUCAUAUCCUGGUAUUUUACACACGGUGCCAUUUAUGCAAGAAUUAUCUUUUAUCUUUGUUACACAAAAGGCAAAUUUUCAAUCAGCAUCUUAUGAAAUUGCAAAUGUAUUCGAUAUUAAUGGAGCCAUAGCCAUAAUUCUUCUUCUUCUUCUAAUAACCCUCUUGAUUGUAUUGCACAAUAACUAUCAAAUCGGAUUGGCCGUUCUGGAUGUCCUGAAGCUGCUGAUGAGUAUGGGAAUCGAUGCACCCCUUGACCGUCUCGCCAUGAAAAUCACCUUCUUCACGGGAUUUUUGUUUGUUUUCUUAUUUAGUCCAUUGCUUGAGGGACAAUUAUUUGCCGUAUUAACUCGCCCGCCGACUUAUAACAUGGAGUCUCUUAAAGACUUGUACGAUCAUAAGUAUCACCCGAGAAAAAAUGAUUUUGCCUAAUCAUAUAUGAUCAUGCAUAAUUGUCUAUAUAUGAUCAGAUCCAAAAAUUGGCCAGGUCUGAUCAUACAUAACUUGAUCUGUUUAUACAUGAUCAUAUAUGAUUAUAUAUAAUCAUGCAUGAACGAAUAGUCAUUUUUAGAAUCUCAUUUAGAAUAUCUGUAAAUUAUUAAUUAAGUAGUUUAAUUAGGAUUUAUUGUCUUCAUCAAUAUCAAUGUCGGUUAAAAUUAAAUAAAAAAAAAAAAAAAAAUUAUUAACCAUCGACAAUUAUUUUACUACGAGGUCACCCAUCCAAUUAAUGUCCAACGCCGAUGCUGCUUAACUUUGGUUAUCGAUGGUUUGCAGUCUGAUCCUCUAGUCUGUUAUACACUUACAAUUAAGAAACGUUUAUGGCAUUACUUAACUCAAAUAAUCAAAUUGAUACUUUAUACUUUUAAAUUAC